CCAUCUGACCAAUUGUUUUUUUCAUUUUUUUGUCUGCACACUUUGUUCAGCUCACCCAUGAGCUAUUCAUGAAUGGAUUCCUCACCGCCGUCCGAUGCUCCAAGAUGAGAUUCCCGACGGCCAUUCUCAACCACCCAGUUGAGUCUCUCCACUUCCAUUUCCACCUCCUCCUCAUCAAACCUUUCUCCUCCAUUGCCUCUCUCCCCGUCGACCACCACCACCACCACCACCACGACCCAAACCCAAACCCAAACCCAGACCCACUACAACCCGAUCUCCCCACCCAACUCUUCUCAAUCCUCUCUCGCCCCAAUUGGCUAAAACACCCAUCUCUCAAAAAACUAGUCCCUUCCAUAUCCCCAUCCCAUGUCUCCUCCGUCUUCUCUCUCAAUCUCCACCAGCUCGAUCCCCAAACCGCUCUCUCUUUCUUCUAUUGGAUUUCGCAGAACAAACCCGGGUUCCAACACAACGUUCAGUCCCACUCUUCGCUGCUUCACAUUCUCAUACAUUACCAUUUCAUUGGCGCCGCCGAGAAGAUUCGAAUCUCGAUGAUCAAAUCUUGUCAAUCCCAGAACGACGCCACCUUCGUCCUGGACACCUUGCGAAGAAUGAGUCGUGAAAACAGCGAAAAGGGCAACGGUGAAUUUCAGUUUAAGUUUACUCUUAAGAGCUAUAACAUGCUGUUAAUGUCAUUGUCUAAGUUCCUUAUGAUUGAAGAAAUGAAAUGCGUGUAUUUAGAAAUGUUGGGGGAUAUGAUUUCGCCUAAUAUUUACACUUUGAAUACUAUGGUUAAUGGGUAUUGUAAAUUGGGGAAUGUGGUUGAGGCUGAGUUGUAUGUAAGUAAGAUAUUGCAGGCGGGGUUGAAUCCCGAUACGUUUACAUACACUUCUUUGAUAUUGGGGCAUUGUAGGAAUAAGGAUGUAGAUAGAGCUUAUAAGGUUUUUAACCUUAUGCCGCAAAAGGGUUGUCGGAGAAAUGAGGUUUCGUAUACUAAUUUGAUUCAUGGGCUGUGUGAAGCCACACGGGUUGACGAUGCUCUUAAGUUGUUCUCUCAAAUGAGGGAGGAUUAUUGUCAUCCAACAGUCCGGACGUAUACAGUUAUUAUAUGUGCAUUGUGUGGAUUGGGUAGGAAGGAAGAAGCUUUGAAGUUUUUUAAGGUGAUGACGGAGAAAGGUUGUGAACCGAAUGUUCAUACUUACACUGUUCUAAUUGAUAGCAUGUGUAAGGAACAUAGGCUUGACGAGGCGAGACAAUUGUUGGAUAGGAUGUUGGAGAAACGGAUGGUUCCUAGUGUGGUCACAUACAAUGCUUUGAUUGAUGGGUUUUGCAAGGAGGGACAGACUGAGGCUGCAUUAGAAAUUUUGGGUUUGAUGGAGUUGAAUAAGUGCAGUCCAAAUGCUCGCACAUACAACGAGUUGAUAUAUGGGUUUUGUAAAUAUAAAAACGUGCAUAAGGCAACGGCGUUGCUUCAUAAGAUGCUAGAGAGUAAGCUGUCACCAAGCCUGGUCACAUAUAAUUCUUUAAUCCAUGGGCAGUGUAGAGCAGGUCAUUUAGAUAGUGCCUAUAGGUUGCUUAAUAUUAUGAAUAAAGAUGGUUUAGUUCCUGACAAGUGGACUUACAGUGUUUUCAUAGACACUCUUUGCAAAAGAGGGAGGGUAGAAGAAGCUCGUGCCCUCUUUGACUCUUUGAAGGAGAAAAAUUUAAAAGCAAAUGAAGUGAUAUAUACUGCUUUGAUUGACGGGUACUGCAAGGCUGGUAGAAUAGAUGGCGCUCAAUCUUUGCUCAAUAAAAUGCUUAGUGAGGAUUGUUUGCCAAACUCAGUCACUUAUAAUGUCUUGAUAGAUGGGUUGUGCAAAGAGAAAAAAGUGAGGGAAGCAUUGUUGCUGGUGGACGAGAUGGUAAAGGUGGGUGUGAAGCCCACAGCUGUUACUCAUACAAUUCUCAUUGAAGAAAUGUUGAAAGAAGGUGACUUUGACCAUGCUCAUAGGGUUUUCAAUCAAAUGGUUUCAUCGGGAUAUCAACCUGAUGUAUUUACUUAUACUACAUUUAUUCAUGCAUAUUGUAGUCAAGGGAGAUUGAAAGAAGCAGAGGAUGUGAUGACUAAGAUGAACAGAGAACGAGUAUUACCAGAUUCACUGACCUAUACACUAAUAAUAGAUGCAUAUGGACGCUUGGGAUUAAUACAUAGUGCAUUUGAUGUGCUAAAGCGUAUGUUUGAUGCUGGUUGUGAGCCUUCACAUUAUACCUAUAUCUGUUUGAUCAAGCAUCUCUCAAAUGAAAAGCGGGUGACAGAAAAUAGCAAUGCUGUAGGACUAGAAUUUGUUUCAAUCACUGCAUUAAUUGAUUUUGUGGAUGUUUGGAAGAUGAUGGAAUUUGAAAACGCUUUGGAGCUUUUUGAGAAAAUGGUUGAAUGGGGUUGUGUACCCAAUGUUAACACUUAUGGCAAGCUCAUUAUAGGACUUUGCAAAAUUGGGCGCUUUGAAGUGGCACAAAGGUUAUUUAAUCAUAUGCAAGAAAAAGGAAUGUCUCCUACUGAAGAUAUUUAUAACUCGCUUCUUAAUUGUUGCUGUGUGUUGGGAAUGUAUGAUGAAGCUGUAAGAUUGGUAGAUACAAUGGUUGAGCUUGGUCAUUUACCGCAUCUAGAAUCCUAUAGGCUGCUUAUUUGUGGGCUAUACGAUCAGGGAAACAAAGAGAAGGCUGAAGCAGUUUUUUGUAAAUUGCUUCAUUGUGGGUAUAAUCAUGAUGAAGUAGCUUGGAAACUUCUUAUUGAUGGGUUACUUAAGAGGGGGCUAGUUGAUAGAUGCUCACAACUGUAUGAAAUCAUGGAAAAAAAGGGUUGCCAGGUUCAUCCUCAAACAUUUUCGAUGUUGAUUGAGGGACUUGAUGGGACAUGAUAUAUUG